CGCACUGGCGGCGCUGUGGCCGCGGGCGGAAGCGGCGUCCCGGCCCCGCGGGUUCGCGUCCGCCCGCGCCCGGCGGCGGGGCCGGAGCGGGGCCGAGAGGGCAGAGCGGCGGCGGCGCCGCGAGGGACAUGGGCCCGCCGCGGCGGUGAGCAGCGCCGCCCGCCAUGAGCUGCACCAUCGAUAAGAUCCUGACGGACGCGCGGACGCUGCUGGAGCGGCUGAAGGAGCACGACACGGCGGCCGAGUCCCUCAUCGACCAGUCGGCCGUGCUGCACCGGCGCGUGGCCGCCAUGCGGGAGGCGGGCGCGGGCUGCGCCGACCAGGGCCCGGGCCCCGCGGCGGAGCCACCCGACCCGUCCCGGCUGCGGCCGCACGUGGUGCUGGCGCAGGAGAACACGCAGAUCCGCGACCUGCAGCAGGAGAACCGCGAGCUGUGGGUCUCGCUGGAGGAGCACCAGGACGCGCUGGAACUCAUCAUGAGCAAGUACAGGAAGCAGAUGUUACAGCUGCUGGAAGGGAGAAAACGUGAAGAGGCAGAACCAGUCUUGAAGGUCCAUCAGGCUAAUUCUGGGGAAAUUGAAAGUCAAAUAGACAGAAUAUGUGAGAUGGGAGCAGUGAUGAGAAAAGCUGUUCAAGUGGAUGAUGAGCAGUUCUUUAAAGUUCAGGAGAAACUGGCUCAGUUGGAGCAAAAAUGUUGAUUUUGCAGCUUGAGAACAAAGAGCUGCGUGAGCUGCUGUCCAUCAGCAAAGAGUCCUUCGAGGUGGGGAGAGAAGAUCUGCCAGACUGUGAGGACUAGGCCACAAAAACCUCAUCUCCAAGCCUUCAGAGACUGUAAUGAAACUACCUGACAAGGAUUUGUUGUUUCAGGUGUUUCCUUGUAUAUUUGUUUUAUCUUUAAAGUGCGUGGGCUGUUUUCUCUGCAUUUUUCUGAAGUGUUGGUGGCAAAAACUUGCGCCCUUCCCUGUGUUAGUACCUGCAGCACUCGGAUGCUUAACACCGAAGUAUUUGAUGUGUUCUCCCUUGUGAUGGUUCAUUUCCUCUCCCUUUGUUAUUUUUUAUGAGCUUUAGUUAAUAAUUCCAGCUGUGCAGAUGGCUCUGAAAUCCACCUUGUGUGUAGCUAGAGAACACGAUGCAGGUUGUGAUUAUUGUGCUUGACAGAAGGAGCAGGAGAUGAUUGAGAGCCCACAGUGUGAGAGGCAGGGAUUGCUCUGGGCUCUGCAGGGUGAGUGACCCUCAGUGUCUGCCUGGCCUGACUUUGUCACUUGGCCACUGCUGAGGGCAGCUGAGAGAGCAGCAGAGCACUGGAAGGAGUCACUCCUAUGCAGAGCAAACUUUACCUUGUUUCAGGGGUGAAGAUUGAAGUCAGCGACCCUUCCUGCCACACACAUUUUUGAAGGGUUAAUCUUUUUGGAUGGAUAGACCUGUCCCAGCCUUCCCAGUGCUCCCAGUUCUGAGCCAGCCCUGCUCUGUUGGUGUGCUCAGAGGCUGCCAGAGCACGGCACCUGCACAUCAAAGCUCUUUGGCCUCCCACGAGUUUGGGGUUGGGCAGAGGGAGUUCAGGUCUGCCUCAAAACCAAACCAAAGCACCCCAUACACAGAAUUUUAAUGUCACAUCACAGGUGAGCCUGGUGACACGUGUUUCAUAGUUCCUGCAGCUCCUGUAUUGAGUGGAAUUAGAGGUGCAGCGUUGUAGAAGUUUCUCAGUAGGGUGGUAUUUUUAAUGACACUUUUAUAUAAAAGAUUUCUGUCCUUCGUGUGAUCGAAGAAUAAUCUUCCAAGAACGAUAAACAUCUCGUUUCCACUCUGAGCUUAAAUUUUUAAUGCCACUUUUUCCCAAGUGAGACUUUUGAUAGAUGCAGAAGGUGACUCCUUCCUGUGUUUACUGAGACACUGAAGACAUUGGAACAUUUGGAAUACCCAGCAAGACCGGUAGAUACAAGGGAUUUCUGUACAGGAGUGCUCUGGUAUACAAUCCUUUCCUAUUAGGAAUUGUUCAGGAGGGAAUAAAAAAACCCAAUGGGAAAUACUUUCUCAAA